CUGGCAUAUCGCGAUUAUCCUUUAUCCUUGUUCCUGCAGGAAAAAGGAAUUACAGUAAGUCGCUGUAAACGCUUGCGUCAAUUCCUAUCAGCUGUUUGGAAACAAGAGCGUAAUGAGAUUUGAGCGAAAUCAACCCCCAAUAGCGCUUGGAUGCUGCGAAGGGUUGAAUGUACAAAUAUAAUACGGGCUGUUAGAUGAGGUGGAUUCGCUGAGUAUCGCCGCUUCGCAGCGUUGUGAUGUAUUUGAUACUGGUAUUGUCAAUUUAUGUAAAGUGUCGGUGUAUUUGUGAUGCGCUUGUUGACCAAAAUUUUCGCGAUUUUCGUUGCUUCGGAAGCCGCUUUACCAACCACCCGGGCCAAAUUACCGCGAGAUGAGUUCUCUUUCGACUCGUGUUCCCCGCCGCAAUUGGCGUUAAAUGGAUCGGAAACUGAAGCCGGCGAAACCAGAAUCAGGAAAGAAUUCAAUCACGUGCGAGAGGUGAAAUUUUCCGGCUCGAUCGGACCACUCGGGGAGCAAAGGCUGUGCAAAAUCAAAUGCAUCGCCGGGCAAUGGGUAGGACCUUUGUGCAUAGACCAACAGGAUAAUGGAAGGUUUCAACCGUUGUUUAGGAAUUGCAAGUUGGAGUACAUCAAUCCUCAUUUGUUGGUAACCUUUCGGAAUGUUUCUAUACUGAAUCCUGGGGUAACCUUUCCUCAUGGUGCUAAAUUACAUACAAGAUGCAAAGAACUAGGGCUGUACAAAUUAUUGGGCACCGCAACUCCUCAAUGCCAAAAUGGCCAGUGGUCUUCCAGACUUCCUUCUUGUGUACCGACUACACUGUUAACAAAUUUCACAGAGGACGCACCUCCAUCGAUAUUAAUCAGAAUCCCCUCGGGUUCUGCAUCGACGGAACCCGGUGGAGAACUGGCCGUCUUUCCGGGAUCCACGCUCCAUUUCGAGUGCAUGUUCUCCCGGAGGGUGGGUUCUCCCGAUUGGACGUGGACCUCACCUUUAGGCCAGUACCUCACCGGUUGGGCCAUCGCUGCCGAAGAAAGAGACUGGAAAUACAGAUUAUCCAUAUACUACGCCAAAUCUCAAGACACCGGCACUUUCACGUGCGCCACACCAAGGGGAAUCACGAACAGCAUAAUGCUUGUGGUAACAGCCAUUCAUUGCGAACCGAUUUCCGUGACUAGAAUGCACUUGAGCGUUAGAGUCGAGGGCACGAGGUUGGGACACAAGGCGAUAUUCCAAUGUCCCAUGGGGUUCGUGUUAUCGGGCGAAGCUAACCUAACCUGCCAAGCUUCAGGUAAAUGGUCGGCUCCGGUUCCGAAGUGCGAGCUGGUGAAAUGUCCGCCGUUGGAUACGCCCGAGAACCUGGGCGAACCGCACCUGCAGCUGGAAGAGCACAACAACAGCUACGGCGGACGGUCGGUGUUCAGCUGCGCGUGGGGCUACAAGUUGCAGGGACCUCCUGGGAUCGAGUGCGAGCUCAGCGGCAACUGGUCCGGUCCUUUGCCAGUUUGUAUCCCGAUUCAAUGUCCGCCGCCGGUGCUGCCGCUGAACGGUCAUCUGAUCCAAUCCGAAGCUCCUGGAAUGGAUGGUGGGAGAUACGCAGUGGGGAGUUUGGUACAGUUUGCUUGUGCUGGGGCUCAUCACCUCGAAGGGGAGGCUAGUAUUAUUUGUACAGAGACGGGGUUUUGGUCGCAUCCGCCGCCGUUUUGUCGGGUGAAGUGUUCGUACAUCGGAGAACCGGAAAAUGGCUACGUAUCGCCCACGAAAUUCGCCUAUGAUCCAGGAGAUGAAUUGAACAUCGUUUGCAAUGAAGGAUUCGUAACGAACUCGAAUAGCAGUUUAUUGUGCAUGCAAGAUGGAAAAUGGUCGUCGGAAUUGCCCUCUUGCACUAAUGAGACGUCAACGACAUAUACAUAGUUUAAUAAAGUUUUUCAUACAUAUCAAACAAAAUUAGUAACCAUUCGAAAAUUUUAGACCAAGUCCAAAUAUUAUCGACAAUAUUAUGACUAGUUACUGAUACGAGCAUCAAAAUAAUUUCAUUGCAACGCAUAGAUUAGAAUGUAUUUUCAAGUUUCAACUCAUAAUAGGACUUAGAUAAAUUGUUGAUGCAUUUUUUUAACUAUUUUUAUGUCCUUAUUAAAUCUAUUAUUAGCAUAGAAAUUAUCGUAAUGUAAUUUAUAAAUUAAUUAGUGUUUUACAGUAAAGUGAGAAUUAAUGAUUUUUAAAUUUAUAUUUCAAUUAAUAAAAUGUAUUAUAUGUGCUCAAUAUAUUAACUUUACGUUUAUUACAACAAUAUUUUAUCAUUUACUGGAUUUAUUUGAUGUUAUUUACAAUUUUAAUGGUAUUUGAAACUGCAAGUUUUUAAAAAGGUAUACAAAAUAUUCGACAUUGUUAUUGUUAAAAAUACCAUAUUAUAUUUAUAUAAGGGUUUCUAAUCGAUAGUCAAUAAAUAUUAUAAUUUACAUUUUAUGUAUGUUUUCUGUCACAUAUAAACCAACUGCAUAGAUAUUGGUAAAUAAGAUAAAAAAAAUAAAAUGAUUAACAAUUUUACAAUGUAAAAACAAAACAUUACAUUCAUUUUCAAUAACAAAGUUGUAGAUACGUCUUUACACGAAUACACGUUUUAAAUUUUACUCAUUCCUUUCAGAAAAACCUUUAUAACACACAUACUUUUAAAUAUCGUAAAUAUUGUAUUUUUGUUAAAUACUAAGAUACAUAAAACAACACAUCUUUAUUGCAAUAAGCUAAAUAGAAAAGAUGAUCCGUAAUAGUACAAGAGUAACGUACACAGCGAAUAACUUACAAUAAAUGAUUAUACAUUUAAUUCAACCUUGCAAGAUCAAUUUAUUGUGUAUUUUUUUUUAAUUUGCAUGAAUACAUCAAUCUAUACAAAAUGAUUCUUGACCUAAAAUAAACGACAUCGGUAAAAAUUCACAGCAUACACAAUGAUUAAAAAAUAGAUUUCUACAAAAAAAAACAUAUUCACAACAGGAUGUAAAUUUUUUACAACUCUUUGGAAACUAUACUAACGUUUACCACUAAGUCUAACAAAUUCUUUAAAAGCUUCUUGAAUUUCUUCGUCCAUUUCCGGCUCGGGAUCACACAAUUCGUCUGGAUCAAAGUCCUCACUGGAAAU